AUGACCGGAAAGCAGCAGGACGAAGAACACGAGGGCGCCUCCGUCGGCGAGCAACUCAUCGAAGCCUGCCGUCGCAACAACACCGACCUUCUCUCUGAGAUCCUCUCCGACAAGUCCGACGAAGAGAUCUCCUCGCUGCUGAACGACACCACGACAGUAAUGGGCAACCACCUAUACCACGAAGCCGCUUUGCGGGGUAACUACGAGAUAAUCGACAUGCUUCUGGACCAGCCCGGGUUCGAGUGCGAUCCCGUUAACCGAAUCGAGGGCGACACGCCCUUACACUCGGCGAUCCGGUGGAUCAACAGCGAACCCGAGGCGCAGCGCGAGUUCGGCAACGCUUUGGUGGACAUGAUGCUGGAGGCCGGGUCGAACCCGCGGGUCAAGAACAAGGGCGGGCUGACGGCGCUGCAGCUGGUGGAUCCAAGGAACAAGGAGCUGAGGGAGCUGAUACAGAAGCACGAAUAUGCGCUGCUGAACGCGGGCGAUUUUGUGAAUGUGGAGGAUGUUAGCAAGCCACAGCAGGCGGUUUUGGAUGUGGAGGAUGAUGACGAUGAUGCGGAGUUUAGUGGGAGUGAUGAUGAGGAAAGAGCGGAGUGGGAAAGGAGGAGGGCGGCGAGGAAGUGA